UGGGACAGCUGUUUGAGCCCAAACAGAAAGGAGCGCCGCGACUGAUUUGCAGCAUCCCCGGGCCACCAGGCCUGCCCGGCAAACCGGGUCCCGGUGGGCCUCCAGGAGCAGAUGGGAAUUUCUCCACAGGCUUAGCUGCCGCCCGACUGAGAUGAGUGUGAAGAAGCGAGGAGCUGCAAUGAAGGACCCUGAAGACAGCGAGGAGGAUCCAGGAGAGACUCUCAAACGCACAUUAAGGGCUCAGAGACAGAGGCGAAGGAAACGGCUGAUCCAGCACUCUUCGGUCCAGGACUCUCAUGAUGAUGAGGAUGAUGAUAAUGAUGAAGCGGAAGAGAGUUCUGUCAUUCAGCACUACAGUGUAGAUGAGGGAUCAGCUGAGAAGACAGAUGACUCUACGGUUUCCUCAAGACCACCAACUGGUUCUAGGAAAGGUUUCUCCUUGAGACCUCAACAUGCUUCCAGCUCUCAGCAUUUAGAAGCGUCUGUGACACAGCACUUGGAAGAGAGGCUGAGAGCAGCAAGGUCUAGGGGUGAAAGCCUUAAGCAGCCGGACACCUCUCCAGAGCCGCCCAGUCGUCUCCAAAGCCUCAGAGACAGAGACCCCGUGACAAGAUUUGACAGAGAGGCUGGCUCAGUCAGAGUGGGAAGAGAUGAGGCCCCUCCAUCUCCUAGCACAAGGGUCAAGUUCAGAAAAGCUGCAAAACAAAAAGGAAGAGGCCUCCCAGCCAACGAGGAAGCACCCGAUUUGUUCGCAUUCAACUUGAAGCCUGAUCUAAAACAUGAGACAGAGAAGCAAAGGAGGAAAAAACAAAGGCAGUUAGAGGAGAAGGAUGGAGAUGAAGAUGGAGGAGAGGAAGCUGAGGAGCAGGAAGUAUCUGAAGUAGAGGAGGAUGUAAACCAGCUAGGAGGACGCCUCCCAACUGAAGAAGAGGCAUACGAUUUCUUUACGUACAACUUUAAGCCUGAUCCGAUAGAUGAGACCGAGAAGCGUAGGAGGAAAAAGCAAAAACAGAAACAAGCAUCUGCAGAAAAUAGAGAUGAAGAUGAAGGAGCGGAAGCCGAGGAGCCGGAACAGUCGGAAAUAGAAGAAGAUGAUCAAGAUGAAAAUGAAAACCAGGGUGAAGAAGCUCUUUUGAUACGAAAUGAUGGGGAUUUAUUCAUCAGUGACCAGUCCUCUCGGGAUUUCCUGGAAGUGAGAAAAGCAGAGUAUGUUGGCUACCGAAAACACAUUCAACGUAACAGUGAACUCUUGUUUACACCAAGCUUCCGUACAGCUCCAACCUCCGUUAAACUGCCUGAAAACAUGAAGCCUCGCUACCUGGAGGAUGAGGGUCUGUACGUUGGGAAGCGACCCUACGUAUCUCUGACCAAUCAGAACUUCAUGGAGAAUCGCAUUUUGAAAUCUGAGGAGGGAAAGAAGUGGUUUGGAGAUGAUGGCAGGAUAAUGGCUCAGCCUGACCCCAUAAAGGAAUCCUCCAUAAGGCCUCCUCUCUUCCACAUGGAGGGGGACCUGGAUCCUGCUCUGCAAACUGUGUACAGGAAGGCCCUAAAGUCCAAGUAUGCAAAUCUAUACAUUGGUGGUGCAGCAGACCCUGAGGGAGACUACCAACUGGACGUGGAUGUUUCUGGACUGAUCUUCUCCCAUCACCCACUCUUCAGCCGUGAACACGUGCUGGCAGCUCGUCUAGCUCAGCUGUAUGAUCAGUACCUCUCCAGGCAACACAACAAUCUCACCGGCCACCUCACAGACAAGUUAAAUGGCUUAAGGAAUGCCCUUCGCAACAUGGAAAAGAGCCAUGCAGGCAUGAAGAACAUCACUCUGGCCAUGCAGCAGAGAAUAUCUGAGUACAGUCUGGAAGUGAGGAACACUCGGCAGCUACGGGACACUGAGCAGAAGAAAGACAGGACUCUGCUGAAGAACAUCAUUAAAGUGUGGAAGGAGAUCAAGGCCUUGAGAGAGUUUCAGAAGUUUACCAACACACCUUAUAAGCUCUACCUCAGAAGAGAGAGUGUGGAUCGCGCAUCAGAUGAGCAAGAAUAUGAACAUGAAAUCUUGGCAGAGGUUUUGGAACUGGAGGCAGAGAGUGAGGAGGACUACCAGAAGAACCUGGCCGAGUACCAGAAACAGCUGAAGGAAUGGAAACUCUGGAGAAAGAAGCAGAAAGCAAAAAUGAAAAAGACAAAGAAAAAGAAGAAGCAAGCCCAGGCAAAAGAUGACACAGAGGAGGAAGACGAAGAACAAGAAGGGAGUGAAUCAGAUGCGCCCGAUGAAGAAGGUCCUCCAAAGCCGGAGCCUCCUGAGAGGCCAGAAUAUGAUUUAAUAGAGCAGCAGGUGAGAGAGAAGGCCUCCAGGAUACGCAGGAAACCCGGAGAGGCCAUCCUGGUCCCUGAGCUGUCUGCAUCAGGAAACAUCACCGCCAGCGAGCUCUGCCCCAGGGCUGAAAUAGCGCGAAGAGAAGAUGUUUCCAGGCGCUCUCUUUUCAUCAAGAUCCUAUACAACGACAAGGAGGUUUCCCGAACAGACAGCCGCUCCCUUAACACUGACUUCAGGGUGCACUUUGGUCAAAUUUUCAAUCUCAAGAUAGUUAACUGUCCCCAAAGCAUUAAUCUGCAGGUGUUUGAAGAGAUUGGAUCGUCCUGCUCCGUCCUGGCUCAAGUGUUUGUUCCAGUACCAGAAUCCUCCGUCGUGACAGGCAACGCCCCUGUUGAGGAAUUUGAGUUCAGCAGCAACCAGAGAGUGAUGUUUGACCAUGAGGGAGUUGGCAGUGAUGUGCCCCUCUCCUUUGAGGCUGAUGGCAGCAACAAGCAGGUGCUUUUGACUUCUGGGAAACUGUCAUGCUGUGUGUCAUGGGGGAUUGGAGAUGAUGAUGUACCACUGGCACCUCCUGUCUCACAACAUCCUGGUGGGAUCCACAGUGCCGUGGGCCAUCUCGAUGCCGUCGCGUAUAUUGGGGCUUCUGGACUAUACGACAUGAAAAAAAUCAGUCAGUGGGCCACGCAGUCGAGACUGGACCCCAACGAUCCAAAGAAUGCUUCCAUCAUGCAGCAGCUGAAAGUGGCAAGUAGCGGAGAGGUCACAGCUCCUGAGUACUUUCGUCUCGAACACCUGCAAGAGGAGUUUAAUUUUGUGACUGAUGAAGAGCUGGAGAAAUCUAAAAGAUUUCGCUUGUUCAGGCUGAGAAAGCAGGGAGUUGCAGAGUUUCGCAAUUACAGAUUUGUUCCAGCACUAGAGAGCGAGGUCUCCGAUGAGAUUUUCCAGGAAUAUGAGAAAAGCUUAAAAGAUGAAGAGGUAGUCGACACAAAGGAACAGUUGAAUUCACACAGAGCUUUAGUGGCCAAAUACCUCCAAAAGAUCCGGGAAUCAGUCAUCAACAGAUUCCUUUGCACCAAACAUUACCUCCUGUCUGACAUGGUGGUUGAGGAAGAGAUACCGAGCAUUGGUGGGGCAGGUUCAGGGAUUCUGGGAAUCAAUUUGUUCAAACUGGCUGAACCCAAGCGGCCACUGAAGCCUCAGAGGAAGGAAAGGAAGAAGGUGACGGCUCAGAAUCUAUUAGACGGGGACAUCAAACUGCUCAUUAACAUCAUCCGGGCCUAUGAUAUCCCCGUCCGUAGACCACAGAGCAGUAAACCUGGGCAGUCUCACAGUGUCAUUCAGGAAAGCGAUUGGUACCUGAGCCAGGUACAAGUGAGGCCAUUUGUCGAGGUUUCCUUCCAGCGCACAGUAUUUCAAACAACCACGGCUGAGGGACCAAACCCAAGCUGGAACGAGGAGCUGCAGCUCCCUUUUAGCGCUCCUAACGGUGACUACAGCACUGCCAGCUUGCAGUCAGUCAAAGAUGAAGUCUUCAUCAACAUAUUUGAUGAAGUGCUACAUGAAACCGGAGUGGAUGACAAAGAGAGGGGAACGUCAAUACACACCCAGAUAGAGAAACACUGGUUGGGUUCAGUCAAGAUUCCCUUCAGCACAAUUUACUCUCAGUCCAGGAUCGAUGGAACAUUCAAAGUGAACAGUCCAGCUGUGCUGCUGGGAUACAGCAAGGAGCGCAGCCCAGCCAGCAACAGCGGUUAUGAUAUAUUACGAAACCAGAGUGAGGGAGCAUUUAUUACUCUAUUCAUCACUAUUGAACCUCAGCUGGUCCCCGGAGAGUCUGUUAGAGAAAAGAUAAGGGAAGUUAAGUUUGAAAGUCAGGAGGAUGAGCGUUUACUGGAGGUGUCGGGGAGGUUUGAGAGGGAUGCAGCAUUGAACUACCCGGAGCGACCCUGCACCACUACAGUCAUAGACUUCAGUGGGAAGACUGUCUUCAUCACUCGUUACAUUCGACCACUCAAUCCCCCACAAGAGUUCCUGGAUGCAUUUCCAAAUAAUCCUCAGGAAGCCACAACACUGGUUGCACGAUUUGUGUCCCUCAUCCCUUUUCUGCCGGACCAAGUUUCAUUAUCUGGGACAUGUGAUCUAUGGAGCACCUGCGAUCUAUUCCUCACUCUAUUAGCAGGGGAUGAGAAAGAACAUGCUGUACUGCUGUGCAACUACUUUCUAUCUUUAGGCAAGAAAGCCUGGCUUAUAAUUGGCACAGCAAUACCAGAGGGACCCACAGCAUACGUCUUAACUCACGAGCAGAGCCGCUACCUUAUCUGGAACCCCAGCACCGGCCAGUACUACAGCCAGUACGACACCUUCUGCCCUCUGCAGACAGUUGGCUGCUUGGUCAAUGCUGACAAUGUCUGGUUCAACGUACAAAAUUAUGCAUCACCAAUGAGGAUGAGUUUUGACGUCACAAAAGCUAACUUGUGGAAACCAUUUUUCUCUCGAUCGUUCUCCCAUCCGGGGCUGACUAGUGUGCAGCCUGAGGAGCUGGUGUAUCGGCACACAGACAAGGCAGCUGCCACGGAGCUUCAGGACAGAAUUGAGAAGAUUCUGAGGGAGAAGAUUAUGGAGUGGCGCCCUCGUCACCCAACCCGUUGGAACCGCUAUUGCAACAGCACUUUGAAGCAAUUCUUGCCAAAACUGGAGCAAAGUGUGGGCCGGGAAGUGGCUGAGGGCCACCGCCAUGAGUUACAGAGCCUCCUGGGAGAUUACAGGAUAUCGGGAUUCUCCCUGCAUCUGCCAUUCUCCGAGAUUCAGCCCAUCAUUGAGGAGGUGUACAGCACUGGAGUUCACAAGAUUCAGGGAUCUAACGUGGAGUUUGCCCUCGCUGUUUACGUGCACCCGUACCCCAACAGUGUAAUGUCUGUGUGGGUCUACCUGGCCUCGCUCUUUCGCACAUGACACAAGACAAUCUUAUAGUAUUACAUUGUCUCUAAAUAAAUUAUCUUAAAUCUUAUUUUUUUUUUUAAUUCUUUUACAUUAAAGCUUUUCACACAACUCAUGUGUAAAUCAGGUAACAUACAUAUUUAUAUUUAUACAUAUUCCUUUUUUAUGGUUUGGUUUUGCUUGCACAAUUAAAGUCAUGCUUUUUAGUUUGUAC